AUGGCGGACGCAGCAAAGAUCACGGAACUUCUGUCCAAACCUCGCUCCGAGCUCACGGAAUUCGAGAUUGCACAGCUCGAAGAGCAUGAAUUUACCUCGGGCCCUCUUUCCAUCCUCCAAACUGCCGUUCGAUCGCAUGCGCAGGUCCUCAUUUCCUGCAGAAACAACCGCAAAUUACUUGCGCGGGUGAAGGCUUUCGAUAGGCAUUGCAAUAUGGUCCUGGAGAACGUGAAGGAAAUGUGGACGGAAACUCCAAGAAACAGUGCAGGAAAGAAGGGAAGGCCAGUAAACAAGGAUAGAUUUAUCAGCAAGAUGUGA